CCCCAUAACGGUAAUGCAGGGAAAUCCGCUGACGAAAUGCUUCGGUGGAUAACGUACAGUAAGUUUCACCCUCCAUCUGUUCGAAGAAAUGUCCAUACGGCUUAUGCAUUAAAAGCCAUGGAUACCAUGGCCAUUGAGGAAGAAAUAUACUCCCAUCUCCUGCAAAGAUGUGCUCAAACGUCCAACUUAGACUACGGCCAAGCAAUCCAUGCCAAGCUCAUCAAAACAUUUCUUCUUUCUUCCACAUUCCUACACAACCACCUCCUCAACAUGUACUGCAAAUGCGGAGCCCUCGCCAAAGGCCACCAACUGUUCGAAGAAAUGCCCGAGCGGAACGUUGUGUCUUGGUCUGCCAUCAUUGCGGGCUUCGUUCAACACAACCACCCUAAAGAAGCCAUAUCCAUCUUCCGGCAAAUGCAAAAGGAGGGCGUAGAACCCAAUGAAUUCACCCUUGUUAGUGCUCUCAACGCUUGCUCUCUCUUCGAGGAUACGACUCAGGCAUACCAAAUAUACGCGCUGGUCAUUCGUUCUGGCUUUGAAUCGAACGUGUUCUUGACGAACGCGUUCCUCACUGCUCUGACCCGGCAUGGGAAACUGACGGAAGCUAAGGAAUUAUUCGAGAAAUGUCGAGAGAAGGAUAUCGUUUCUUGGAAUGCGAUGAUGGCGGGGUACCUGCAAUUUUCUUACUCGGAUGUCUGGGGCUUUUGGUGUAGGAUGAAUCGCGAGGGAGUGAGGCCUGAUAAAUUCACCUUCGCGAGUGUCCUCACGGGCUUAGCUGCUCUUUCGAGCAUGAACAAUGGCUUGCAAGUCCACGCUCAGCUCGUUAAGUACGGGCAUGGAGACGACAUUUGCGUGGGGAACGCUUUAGUCGACAUGUACUUAAAGAAUAGGAGUUUGAUCGGUGGUUCAAAAGCGUUUGACGAAAUGCCAGAGAAAGAUGUGGUUUCAUGGACCCAGAUGGCAUCGGGAUGCCUACUAUGUGGGGAACCGUCACAAGCUCUCAAAAUCAUUGAACAGAUGAAGCUGAUUGGGGUUAAGCCCAAUAAAUUCACACUAGCAACCGCCCUAAAUGCUUGUGCGAGCUUGGCUUCUAUAGAGGAAGGAAAGAAAGCGCAUAGUUUCAGGAUCAAACUAGGGAACAGCAUGGAUGCCUGCGUUGAUAACGCGCUUCUUGAUAUGUAUGCAAAAUGCGGAUGCAUGGAUGGCGCGUCGGGGGUUUUUCGGUCGAUGACCGAUCGGUCCGUCAUUACAUGGACGACAAUGAUCAUGGGGUUUGCACAGAACGGCCGUGCCAGUGAUGCUUUGAGGAUUUUCGAUAAGAUGAGGGUAGCGUCUGUGGAGCCGAAUUACAUCACAUUCAUCUGUGUUUUAUAUGCGUGUAGUCAAGGAGGGUUCGUUGAAGAAGGGUGGGAGUACUUCUCAUCCAUGGCCCGCGAUCAUAGCAUCUCGCCAGGAGAAGAUCACUAUGCUUGUAUGGUGGAUCUCCUUGGCAAGGCAGGCCAGAUUGCGGAAGCUGAGGCUCUGAUACAGAGCAUGCCUUUUCAACCCGGCGUGCUGGUGUGGCAAACGUUGCUUGGGGCCUGUCGGGUUCAUGGGGACCUAGAGACCGGCAAGCGAGCCGCGGAGAAUGCCCUCGCUCUGGACAAGCUCGAUCCGUCGACUUACGUAUUGUUAUCGAACAUGCAUGCAGAUUCUAAUAAUUGGGAUGGUGUGAGGGAGUUGAGAAAACUGAUGGGGAAUAGAGAAGUGAAGAAAAUGCCUGGGUGUAGCUGGAUCGAGGUAGCGGGCCAUAGCAUUCCGCUUCGAUUGCAUCAUGGAGGAUGCAUAGAGUAGGAUUGAAGAUUAUUCAUAUGAACAUGAUGGAUUCAACCACCAACAUGUCACUUUCAAGGAGAUAGAAAUGGGUUUUCUUUCUGGGUGGGAGGAAUCUGCUUCUUUAACUCCACGCCAGAUAUCCUUGAAUAGAGGAUCCAGUUCACCAUGACAUUGCUGCAAAUGUGGAAUGCAUGGAUGAGAUUGAAACUGUUCGAAUGGGGCAUAUACCAAAAACCACAUUCUCAUACAAAUGGAGACGGAUUGACAUAAACCAUCAAUGAUUCUGGAGAAGGCUCAUUAAUUGGAUGGUCAGGAUAGUCCAAUCAUGUGUGCAUGUGUACGGUACAGAUUCACAUUGGAUCACUCCUUGAGUGAAUUGGAGGUGCGGCCGUUGCUGGAGUGCAGAUGGAGAAUUGGAUAUCAGCAUACUUCAGGAUGUAGGGAAAGCAUCUGCUUUGGGAAACACAUGCCGACCGAACAAUCCUCACCGAUGGUGUGGAUAUGGUUGAAGGUGAAAUGUGUGAGAUCUGGGCCAUUCAUCCGGCAGUGACCGUUGAGAACAUGCCCGAGGCUAAGAAUUUGAUCGGUUACAUUGUGUUUUUUUUUUGUGUUGUGGAGCAAUGGUGUUUUCAUUUGGACAUGCCAAUCCAGACCGUCCAAUUAGUGGGUCCCACAAUGUAAAUGGUUUGGAUUCAUGUACAUGUGCGGGAAGUGUUGGAUUAGCUGUGCAUGUGAAUGGGGAGAAUUCAUGUUCUUUUGUGAUCACUUGCUCCCAAGUCCCAACCAGAUGGAAUGGGCCAUCAUGGCACCAUUUACGGUUAUGCAUGCAUUGCACAGUUAGGGUCCUCGGGGCCGUUGAUAUUGUAGUCCAUUAUGGGGACGGAUGAAGCAAAUAUUGCUGUGGUUAGACAACUCUUUAUCGGAGUGCAUAACAUUUGCCCAUUGAAAAUUGGAAUAUUAUUUCUUUUU